AUGAGUCCGGAAAUGUUGAAAAACCUGAACGAUCUUCGUCUGAGUAAUAAAUUUUGCGACGCUAAAAUCAUAGUCGACGGGAAGACGUUCCUAGCUCAUAGGGCCAUUUUGGCCGGUACGAGUAAAUAUUUCUGCGCUCUGUUCACAACCCCAUUGGAAACGAGUACCGAAUUGGAUUUCAAGGUAACACGACUACCCUGGAUAAAUAAAGAACUGAUGGAGGAGGUGCUAAAUUACACGUAUACUCGUAAAUUCGAUUUAAAUAUGGAUAACGCUUUCGAUAUGUACGUAGUUUGCGAUUACUUGUGUAUCGAUAGUGCGACCGAAGCUUGCGUUAAUUUUCUAAAAAAACAGAUCGACGAGGAGAAUUGCAUAGAGAUACUGUCUUUCGCCAGAUCGUAUUUGUGUCCGGUGUUGAGCGUGGCUGCCGAACGAUUCACGUUGAGGAAUUUUCAAGACGUUGCGAAUAAAAAUAACGAUAUUUUAGAAUGCGAGUUGAAAGACGUUAUUAAUAUAGUUAGUUCGAAUCAUUUGAACGUCUACACCGAAGAGCCAGUGUGGCAAUUCGUUUUGAAAUGGGUUAAUCACAGGCCCGAUCAGAGGAAGAGCUACGUAUCGUAUAUUUUAGGUAAAAUAAGACUGGGCAUAAUGAACGAGACGUAUUUCAUACAGAACGUCGCCCAGAGUACGUUCGUUUGCGAUAACGAUCAAUGCAAGAGUAUCAUCGACUCGGUGAAUAAUUUUUUUCGCGACUGUAGUCGAUUGCAAUUCAUCAACGAAGAAGUUCAAACGCCGAAAUUCGCCCAGCCUCGGAUCCCUCACGAUAUCGUGUUCGCUGUCGGAGGCUGGAGUAUCGGGUCACCUACGGCGGUCGUCGAAAGCUACGAUAGUCGAGCUGAUCGGUGGAUGAGACCGGAAUACAUGCUGGAUCCGGAAGGAGCCCGAGCCUAUCACGGUUGCGCCAUCUUGGACGGUAAAAUGUACGUUAUCGGAGGGUUCGACGGUCUGGAGUACUUCAAUUCGUGUCGCUGUUACGAUUUCGAGUCCAAACAGUGGCAUAAUAUCGCUCCGAUGAAUACUCGUAGGUGCUACGUCAGCGUAGCUGUGCUCAACGGAGUCAUCUACGCUAUGGGCGGCUACGACGGCCACAAUAGGCAAAGCACUGCUGAAAAAUACGAUCCUACGACCAACCAGUGGACGUUGCUGCCCAACAUGAAUGUGGCUCGAAGCGACGCCGAUGCGACCACCUUAAAUGAUCGUAUCUACAUUACAGGAGGAUUCAACGGUAUCGAAUGCUUGAAUACUGCAGAAAUCUACGACUCAGAGGUCAACGAAUGGUCUUUACUGCCUCCUAUGCUAUUUCGACGCAGUGGUGUAUCGUGUAUCGCGUAUAAUAACAUGAUCUACGUAUUGGGUGGCUUCGACGGUACCAUAAGGCUACGUUCGGUGGAACGAUUCGAUCCAACGACCGAGACUUGGAGCGCCGUACCGGAUAUGUUAUCGCCUAGGAGUAAUUUCGCCGUCGAAGUGAUAGAUGAUGUGAUAAUCGUCAUUGGUGGAUUCAACGGGAUCGGUACGACUCACUACGUCGAGUGUUACGAUAAGAAAUUAAACGAAUGGAGACACGCCAGCGAUAUGAGUCUGAACAGAUCAGCUCUUUCGGCUUGUCUGAUACAUGAUCUAACCGAUGUGACCGGAUUGAUCUACGAACAACGCGAAGCUCUGAUGGAAGAGAAAAGAUUAGCUUUGCAUGCUCUUCUACCUCAUACACCUGAUUCGGAUGAAACUAUUAGCGAUAAUUUGGAAGAUUUGGAGUUAUAG